CAUCCUGCUUCUCAAUAUCUUCAUUGGUAAGGCUCUAUUUUCUACCAAUGAUAAAAACUGUGGCAUUGAUACGGGUCAUUGGCUUCGAACUAAUAUACUGCCUUUGCUCCUUAGCUCUCAUGAACGAUGCCUUCAACGAGAGCAGUGUACAGGGUGAAGUCGCUUGGCUGAAGCAAUGGUCGGAAGUUGUUGCCGAUGUCGAAGUCUUUUACAUGUCCAACACUUCUCACCACAACCACAACUUUUUCCCGGAUUACAUCUACUACGGAGCAAGCGAAAAGGACGCUGAAGUGUACGGAUCUCAGUACUACAUUGCGAACAAGUCGAACCUUUCAUUGGAAAACAGGUUUGUAGUGGAAGCGGUUUCCGCCGAACAGAAUACCAUUCAAAUGGCCCAGAGAGGAAUAAUCCACGAUGUGCAGAAAAUGGAACGACAACAGGAUAUAGCGACCCAGGAGAUCGCAGAGAUGAGAGAGCUCAUGAAACAAACUAGAGAUGAAUUAUUGAGCGAGAUGAGGAGACUGAUGGCAGCACCUGCGAACCAGAAGAAUGUACUUACCGAAGGCAAUGAGCAGUCUGCAACUUCUUCGCCUGUCACGCAAGAAUCAUCUUUCUCGAAAUCCAGCAGGGAUAUCAGUUCUCCUGAUCGCGAAAAGGUCAUUCAGAACAAGACCAGCAGCUCAUCAGUUCUAAACCAACGACAGCAACAGAACCUGGAUGCCAUCUACACAGCGGAUGAUUCGCGCAAAGCGCAGCAAAGACUUGAGGACAACAACGCCAGCCAUCCAGUCUAUGUUAAGCCUCAGGAGCACCAAGAUAACAAUAGCGAUAGCGAUGAUAGCGAGAACGAGGACAAGAACGACAAGAGCACUCCUUACCAGUCCUCACCAUCUCAUGUACCAAGAUAUCACUCGCAGCGUGACCAGACUCAGCACUAUCCUCAGCAGCAGGAUCCUCCCAGGAGGGCACAGAGUGAUGGCCAGUUGACAAGCCUGCCCCAUGAGGUUGUAGAGUAAAACGCUCGCUCUUUGCCUCCAUCUGAUCACAAUCCCUCUGAAAUGAAUAACUAAUACACGUGCAGAUGCCAUUCACUACUUCAUACAUGUUGAUAUCGCAAUAAGCGAUGCUUUGCUAAAUAAACGCCAGCUUGACUAUUUUCUGAAACGAUCGAGAUUACAAGAACCAGUUUAAGGUUAAGGACAUUUAAAGUUUGGGCUGAGCUUUUGUGGAUGAAACAUGACCACCUAUUGCGUGUUCAUCAAAGAUGACCAGCCCCUUCACAUCACGAAUCCAUACGCACCUGCACUUGAAUACAACGCUCCAUCCUGAUUGGAUUUGAAUGUUUGCUAUCCCUG